AUGGCCAAGACGAGAACUCAGUCAAAGCACUCCCGCGCUGCGAGGCGGGCAGCUUCGCCGAGUCUUGAUGUCGACAAGUCUGUUAUGUCCCUCCCGCGGGUCGAGGAGACCGCACUGCCGCGCGAUUCAGUUCUUGCCGACCGCGCAAAUUCCGGUGUAUCUAAAAAGCAGUCGAAGCCUCGGAACAAGUCGCGAGCGCAGCGCCAGAAACAACAGAACGGUAUAGAAAGAGCAGAAAGCGUUAUGGAUCAGAUGGAGAAGAAGGUGUCCAACAGUGUCAGCCGCGCAAAAGCCGUGAAAGCACGCAGGGGCGAAUGGGAGGAUUUGAAUCGCAAAUCCGUAGCGUCGAAAUUCCAAGCUCUUGAGAAUGAGGCAGACAACGACGAGGACGAUGCUAUGGUCGACGACUCCGGACCUCCUGCAAAGACGAGGAAACCCCAGCCUCAGCAAACAAUUGUGACCCAGAAUCCUGUCGCGGACGAACCGGCAGGCAUCGACGAAGAUGAGGAUAUUACCUGA